AUGCAGCUGCUACGACCGUCGCCGAAUCAUGAUCGGUUGGAAGUGGUUCAGUCCACUUUGGAUGUGUUGGAGAGAAUACAGCAGCCCGUGGCUUUCGUGGCUGUAGUCGGUCCUUACCACGGGGGCAAGUCCUUCCUGCUGAACGUGCUGCUCAACUCCACGCGCGGCUUCCCAGUUGGCACGCGUCCAGACCCCGAGACCCUGGGGCUGUGGGUGCGCAUAGUACCCCCUCACCGCCUGCAGGCGCGGGACGGAGCGGUGGUGGUGCUGGUGGACUCGGAGGGGCUGUAUGGGGACGGCGCUUCACGGGCGUAUGACGCCAAGCUGUUUGCUGUUGCCACGCUGCUGUCGUCCCAUCUCAUCUACAACACCCUGCGCACACUCGGUGACGCGCAGUCAGUGGCAGCAUUGGCAGACCUAGCGAAGCAGGCACAUACUCUCACCUUCCCUCCCCUCACCUGGGUGGUGCAAGGCUUCGACCUCGACCUGCAGCAGCAGGAAGACUCCCCUUCACCCCACUCCACCACACCCCACUCCGCCUCCUCCCACUCCACCUCCUCCCACGCCUCCUCCUCCGUCUCCCCCAUGGUGUACCUGCAGCGCUACCUAGCAGCGCACGCGCGCACAGGAGACCAAUCUCUAGAAACCCUCUUCACACAGGGUAUAGCGUGCCUCACUGUGCGCACGCCCACGGAUAUCAACAGGCUCCGGGAGGAGGUGGGCGGGGCGGGGCUGGGCGCUGCUGAUGUGGAGCUGAUGUCAGCGCUGCAUCCAGGGUACCUUGCUGACGUGGCAGCCGUGCGAGAGCGCGUAAUUGGGUCGCUGGAGGCGAAGGGGGGUGCUGGGCAGAAGUUCACAGGGGAGACUGUGGCGCGCCUGCUCCCUCUUCUCGUUCACUUUGUGAACAGUGACUUCCCACUAAACGCCGAGCGCCACAUACAACAAGUCAUGCUGGACCUUCUGCUGGACGGCGGUUUCGCCUCCGCCGUCCACUUCUUUCGUCUGCAUGCCGAUGCUGCCCUUGACCGAUUCACUCAAGCCACCCGCGCUGCUGCUGCCAGCGCUGCUGCCGGUGCUAGUGAUAGGAGUGGGUUUCCUGCAGCUGCUGCUGCUUCUGCUGCAGACAUGGGUGGGACAGUUGAAGAGAGAGAAAAUUUUGCUGCUCCAAGCACUGCCAUUGAAUGGGACACGAGCGACCGUGCAUGGGACCUGAGCAGUGCUGCAGAGCCUGCUGCAGCUGUGGCAGAGGAAGCAGCUCGCACACCCGCCGCUGCUGCAGCACUGGCAUCCCCCACUCCAGCGUCUCGGCUGCUGUCAGCCACAUUCACAGCGGAGCGCAUGGAGCAAGUCCUUUCCAAGGCAGAGCAAGAUGCGCAGCACUACUGCAUGGCGCGCAGUGUGGGCGUGCCAGCAGACCGCUCCGCCAUGACGUGUGGAGUGAGGCUCUUUGCCAAGCUCGACCACAUCAAGCCGCACUACAGGUCUAGCAAUGAGCACAACGUGCACGUGGCGCUUGCAGCGCUGGCAGACGAGUUGCAGCAGGCAGCACACGCGGCUGUCGCUGCCAUACCCCUCCCACAGAGGGAGCAGCUGCUGGAGCAGCAGUGCGAGGCCGUUCACAUGGCAGCUGUUGACAGGUUCACGGGCACUCUGGGCGACCACAGCAGCAGCCCCUUGGCCCCCGUGGUUCGCUCCCGCCUCGAUGCUGACGUCAGCAGCCACUGCUCCGCCGCCACGUCAGCAAACGACCGGCUGAUCGCCGCCCUGCUGGGCAAGGGGAGGGUGGCGUACCACCGCACGUACCAUGACACGUUCCGGGCGGCAUUCUUGUCCUAUGCUGCCGCCCAUGCUCAUGCUCACGCCAAAACUCCUGAUGCCAACGCUGCUGAUGCUUCCCCUUCUGCUGCUGGUGCUGGUGACGCUGCCACUGCAGCUGCCACUGGUGCCAUCACCAGCAACAACAACCCAAGCACGUUCCCUUCCCCUACCGACGACCCGCACCUCUUCUCCCACGCCCUCUUCGCCCUCCUCCCCUCCUCCACGCCCCCUCCCCCCCCUCGAUGGCUCCUCUCCCUCCACGCCAACGCCUCCCUCCUCGCUCAGGAUGCCUUCUCUGCAGCCAUCGCCCAGGGGGGGCUGGCGUGGGUGGUGCCCGGGCACGAGAAGUUUGAUUUCUUUCUGUUCCAGGCAAUGCAGUGGGGCAAGCAGCGCGAGAGGGGGGUGGGGGAGGAGAAUGCGCGGAGAGUGCGGGGGUACUGUGGGGAGAUGAAGGGGAGGCUGGUGGGGGAGUAUCGGCGGAGCGUGGGUGAGAUACACCCAUUGCCAGAUAACGAGGAGGUGGUGGUGGCCAAGGCUCGCCAUCUAGCCGCACUGGUUCUGGCCAAUUACAGCGCGGCAGUGCAGCCAUACCUGCCAUCAGCUUCGGUGGAGGAGGUUCGGGUGCAAAUGCAGGCUCGAGUGGAGGAGGCUCGGCAGCGGCUGGUGGAUCGGAACACGGAGCUCAUGGCAGCGCUGUGCUUCGAGCCUCUGAGGGACGCCCGGGACGAACUGAACAUGCAGGUUCGGAUGAGGGAGGGAUUGCAGAGAAAGAAGUGGGGUUUAUGUGAGGAAGAGGGGGGAGAGGAGGGGGAGGUAGGGAAGUUGGAGGAAGGGAAGGGGGAGGUAGAACUGGUGGAGGUGGAACUGAGCGAGGCAACGAAGCACAGGGUGAUAUCUGCGUGGCUGCAGAGGGACCUAGCCGUCCACGCCAACACCGUUCUCACCAACUGCUGCCUGCUGCUCGCCUUGCUCGCUGCCCUCCUGCUGCUGCUGCGCUCCCUGCUGCUGCGAGUGAAGCGGGUGCUAGGGAGGAAGGGGAGGAGUGGAGGACAGAAGAGGGAGGGAGGGAGUGGGGAUAAAGGGGGGAGGCUGGGAGGAGGGGGGAUUGGGAGGGUGAAGAGUGAGGGGGAUGGGAGCGGGAGUGGGAGUGGGAGUGGUGGGGUGUGGGGGUUGGGGAUGAGGUGGAGGGGGAGAGGGGGGAGUGAGGGGGAUGGGAGGAGCGGAGAGGGGAGCAGCACGGCUGGGAGAGGGGGAGGAAGCUGGGGGCGGAAACAUGUGAAGGGGGCAUGUGAAGGGGCGUGUGAAGGGGCAGCUGAGGAGGCGAGACAUGGGACACGGUCGCAUGGGAAUGGGGCACCGGGGCGUGCACGUGGGGCUCAUGCAGCAGCAGGGGCAGCUGCAGCCAAGGCAGAUUCAGCAGCGACAGUUGGUGGUGAGUCCGCAGGAGCAGUGGCAAGGUUGCUGGCAUGGCUGGCAUCUGGCAGGAGGGGGGCUGAGAGGCAGAGUGGUGGAGAGGGGCAUGAGCAUGGGGACAUGGCGCAUGGUGGAUUACCCAGCAGGUUUGCAGGCUUAGGCUCGACGAGAAAUGGCGGGAUGGGGACUACUCGGGUGAGAGGAGGCGUGAUGGGGAGUGAGAUGGCAACCAAUGACGGGGCGGCGAAUGGCCUCGUGGCCAAUGGUGUGAUGAACACUGAGGCGAUGGCGAAUAGAUGGCAUGAAAUGGAGGUGGCGCUUGGGCCUGGGCAUGGUGUUUUGGCGGUGCAUGGAAAGGGGGCGGCACAGCAAGGUGGUUGGGCGGCACAGGACGGCGCAGCUAUCAUUGCCAAGCGAAGGAGUAGCUCCAGCAGUGGUGGUACUGCUAGCGACGCUGAUGGGGAUGGCGAUACCGAUGGUGGUGGUGGUGACAGAGACAGGAUGGGGCAGGCAGCAAGAACGGUGCUGGCAGCGUUGUCAGCAAGAAGAGGAGGAGCAGGAGGAGGAGGGUCAGCAUCAUCAGCUCUCAGAACCCUUCAAGACCGGAUAAGCAGGCAACAAGAGGGGCUUGGUGUGGACCAUUCAACCAAUACAAGCACCAGAGGGAACAAUGGUACCAGCGACGGCACACCUGCCCAUCCAACAACUCCUACAGGCAAAGCGGUGCCUCCCCCUGCUGCUGCCAGCUUCCCCAACAGUGCCACCAGCAGUCCAGGCAGCGUGGGCGGCAGUGGAGGGAAGGCCAGUGGCGCGUACUACCGGGCGGCUGAUGGGCAGUGGCGGCGGUUCAAGUCUGUCACAAGGUCAUAA